CACAAAGGAAGAGGAGAUAAGCUCUUCUGCCCGGCGGGAAAAUCACAAAAUCCGGACUGGAGUCUGGCAUUGAGCGCACCUCGAGCGUCGAGGCAGUUCAUUCGGUUUUAGCUAAACAGUGGUCAGGAGCAACAUCCGCCGGUGUGCCCCCUACAGGUCGGAGGGAAACUUUUCAAUUAUACACACAAAAGACACCAACCAUAAUAUGUCAGCAGUGUCACUGCGCGGGAAGUCACUGGCUGUGAGUCAUAGAACAAAGGCACAGGCAAAGAAACAGGAAGGCUUUGUCAGAGUGAGGAAAAGAGAUUUAGACAAGUUAACCACAGAAGUCAUGCAGCUGAGGGAGUUCCUGCCCAGAGUCCUGAACAGGGACCUGAUCGAAAUGCUGCACAAAGCUCGAGCAGCUCAGACAAAUACUGAUACACCUACUUCCUGGAGAGUGUUCUUCACUUGUGUAGAUGUUGUGAAGGGGUUUUUCUUCACCAUGGAAGGAUCCUGCGAUCAUCCACCACUGUUCAUCAUCACCAGUGAGAAGCUGCUGUUACGUGAGCAGCUGUGGCAAAGUGUAGCAGAAUUGCAGCAGCAGGCGGACUUCUGCUCUGGUCUGGGAUCUGCAACCUGCAGUCUGCUGUGGAGCUGCAGUGCCAGGGAGCACACGGUCACACAGUGGCUGGCUGAUGGGAAGCUCCAGUCCUUCCUGGCGGUAGCUGCUCAGACUCUGGAGAGCUUUGUCAGGUCUGUGGACGAAGAAAUGAAAACUGAGGACCACAACUCCCAGGAGCACCAGUUUGUGUUGGCUCUGGCUGGAACCAUUACUAACAUAGCAGCAGUAACGUGUGGGCGGGACUUCCUGUCCAGCUCGGCUCAUGUCCUGCUUGACACUCUGAUGAAGCUUCUGGAAUUGAUGAAGCCCGGUGUCUUCCCCAAACUUAAAGUGUUGAUGCUGAUGGCUCUGUAUAAUGUCAGCAUCAGUGUUAAAGGACUGAAGUACAUCAGUAAAAACCUCCUGCGUCUUAUCUGGAGCCUGCUAGAUGAUGGAGACUGGGAGGUGUGUCUCCACUCUCUGCGUCUCCUGCAGUCUGUGUUGUUGGAGGAGGAGGUGCUGCUCCUGCUGGGCUCCUCUCUGCUGGAUCCAGACCUCCAGGCUCGUGUCCGCCGGCUUACCUCUACAGCACAGCCCAGCCUGAGACUGGCUGCCCAGCAGACCCUGGAGGACCUGCAGGCCCUCCAACAGGAUCAGGGAUGUAAACAAAGCACCCUCUGAUGUGGAUUCGGUAUCUUCAAUCCAGUUCUUCUCCUAUAUGAACUUCCCUUCCUUUCACUUUAGAUCUGUCUAUGUUUGUGCUGUUCUUAGCACUUCAUGUGCAAAGUGAGGAGAGAACGUAAAGGUGAAAGUUUCAAAGUUAAACCUAUAUAUUCAAGUAAAAGGAACAACCGUUUAUAUCUGAACUUUUUGCUUUUUUUCCCUAACUUUUUUAACUUGCACUGUUCACUGUUGAGCCUUCAGAUUUGUUCAUUAUGGUUUCUUAAUUGGUUUGUUACCCACGUAAUGUGAAUAUGAUAAUACAGGUUUGUAUAAGACACAUUAAAUAUGAUGUUUGUACACUUUCAGAGCACUCUCUUUCAGUUUCUGAGAUUGAUUCAAUGAUAUUUG